AGAAUACUCUUUGGAAAGAAUUUUGGGAUCUUGUUUUCAAAUUUGAUACCCGAGAGAUUCAAUUGAAAUCGGAUAAGAAAAAUCAAAGCAUUGGAUUCAUCAUUUCAAUCGUCGCCGGAUCGAUCGAUGGCGAAGGAAUUCAACGUCCCGCCGGUAGUCUUCCCGUCGGGAGGAAACCCGGGCCCACAACAGAGGCGUCUUCCGACGGCGCCGUUUCAGCCGUCCAAGGCGUCCACGCCGAGCAUCCCGUUCAUGUCAUUCGACAUCGGCUCCGCCGCCGCCUCCUUCUCCACUCCCCAGUUCGCCCCGGCCGCCACGGAAUUCGAGGACGAGCCGCCGCUUCUGGAGGAACUGGGGAUCAACACGAAGCAAAUUUACCAGAAAACCCUCUCGAUCCUCAACCCCUUCCGCGUGAAAGCCUACCUCCACGAGGACGCCGAUCUGUCCGGUCCUUUCCUCUUCCUGAUGGCCUUCGGCCUCUUCCAAUUGCUCGCCGGAAAGCUCCAUUUCGGGAUCAUCCUCGGCUGGGUGAUCGUGGCUUCUUCAUUCCUAUACGUCGUCUUCAACAUGCUGGCCGGCCGGAACGGGGAUCUGGAUCUGUACAGAUGCGUGAGCUUGAUCGGGUACUGCAUGUUGCCCAUUGUCAUCUUGUCUGCAAUCUCUCUGUUCUUGCCCGGAGGGACUGUGAUCAAUGUGGCAGCCGGGGUGUUUGUUCUCUGGUCUACAAGAGUCUGCACUAAGCUUCUGGUUGAGUUGGCUUCUUGCGGAGAUGAACACCGCCGCCUCGUCGCAUAUCCUUGCUUCUUGAUCUACACAUUUUUCUCUUUGCUUGUGAUCUUUUGAUCCUUUUUUUCUUGGCCUUAAUGAUUAUAUUUGUUGUUCUAAGUAUGGAACCCAAUCUUUAUUGACAUUGGGUUUCAAUUUAGGGGUGAAUAGUGUAGUUUGAAACUUCUCAUUGUCAAUAAACAUGCAAUGCUAACAUUCUAUUUUGGCUUCUUGUUGCUUAUAGGGUCUAAAGUUUUGUUAGUUUGUUCCAUAAUUGGAGUUUUUAAAUGGCACAAUGCAAUGUUGUGAGACGUAGUGAAAUGUCCCGAGACAAUGUGCCCGUGAGAUGCAACGACAUGUAACAUAAUGUAAUUAAUAGUUUUGAAAAUC